UCUUCAACCGUUAGUGCUGUUGCCGGCUUGUGAAAUUGUGACGGCUCCAUGUCCGUGCCUGCUCUUUUUCUAGGACUCUGUUCUGCAUAUUCCUCUAUAAAUAGACGGAUGACUUGUUCCUUGUCUUCCUGGUUAGCUCAUCACUCAUCAGCCAUCACUAUGAACCACUUGGUACAGUGUUAAAUCUCUCGGUGAUCAGGUGAUUGGGCUUUGUUUCGACAGCGGAACAUGAACUUCAGAGGUUCCUCCGGGAAGAAUUCAAUGAGGGUCGGGCCAUGGGGAGGUCUAGGAGGAGAUCCAUGGGACGAUGGUAUUAACUCCGGAGUGCGCCAGAUCAUCAUCAGUCAUGGUGCGGCCAUUUAUUCCAAACAGUUCGAGUAUGACCUGAGAGGAAGCUUAGUCUGGUCAGAGAAGCAUGGGACUAGUGGUGGAAGCUCAAAAACUGAUCAGGUGAAACUUAAUUACCCUGAGGAAGUUCUCACAUCUAUCAGUGGCUGCUAUGGUGCCCUGGGAGCUUCAGUUGUCAUAAGAUCACUUACCUUUGAGAGCAACUGCUCCAAGUACGGGCCUUUUGGCACCGAGCAAGGGACAUCCUUCUCACUCCCGGUGUUCACCGGCAAGAUCGUCGGCUUUCACGGCCGAUCCGGAACGUGCCUCCACUCCAUAGGUUGCCAUCUCAACAAAGAGAACACAACCAAGCUGUCAAAAAAUGCGCCAACCAUCAUAAGAUCUUAUGACAGGAACGGUCACAGGUAUGCAGAUAGCAGUGCUGGGUAUGACAUGAUUCUUGCAGUGAAGGACAGAGGUGACAACUACAAUGUCCUGGCCAGCAGUGUUCCGAAGGAGCAGUAUCCUAAUAAUCCAUCUAAGAUGAGCAAGAUGGUAUCAAUUCCAAGUUUCCACUCGGAUAAUGGGACCAUGACUAUAAGCACUCCAGUGAGAUUUGGUCCCUGGUGGAAACAGUGGUACCAUAUUUGAUGAUGGAAUAUACACCAGUGUCCAACAAGUCAAUUUAACCCAGGGACUAGGGAUACCUUCCAUGAAGGUUCCCUUCGAUCGCAACGGACAGGCCAUAUGAUGUUCAAUGUGAGGGCUGAUUUCGUAUCUUCUGUUCUCAAGUUCUCGCUGCUUACCAGUCCACUUGAAUUCAACUGUUAGUUUUGGUAUUCUACAUCUUGCGGCAUACAUGACAUUUGGAACUCUUCGAGCAGGAUUCUUACCCACCAUUUUCUUUGAAGGCCUCUCUGAGCAAGUAAAAGCGCAAAUGGUCAAUUCUUCAGAAAAGGUACCACCUCUGCAGGCCAUCAGGCACAUGUACCCUUACGGAGUGCAUAACCGAUGAAGCAGUUUAUACAAAACGUGUUCUUGCCACCACUUAUACAGUUGCAAUGGUUUAGUACUUUGAAAGGAGGAUGCUGUACUGUAUGUGGUCUGCUUCCUUGAUUGACAUUUUGUUUCACGUCUCUCUACCUUGAUAUGACAAAAGCAUGUACAUAUGACCUGUUGAGCUAUUCUGUGCAUUCGUUCCAUAAGCUCAGUUUGAUUC